GCCGCAGCCCCAGGUGGCGCUGGCGGUGUGCGGGCUGUGCAUGCAGGCCAGCACGCUGGUGUGGCUGGGCGGGGCGGCGCUGGGGACCGCCACGGCAACCAGGGUGGCCAACGCGCUGGGGCAGGGUGACGCCGCCGGCGCCCGGCGCCUGUCGUACACCUCUCUGGGCCUCGUGCUGGCCAGUCAGCUGCUGUCGACGGCCAGAACGUGGUGCUCUCCUCCAUCCUGCGCGGUGCGGGCCGGCAGUGGCUGGGCGCCGGCUGCAGCCUGGCGGGCUGGUGGGGGGUGGGGGUGCCGCUGGCCUACUACCUGGCCCUGCCGGCCGGCAUGGGCGUGUGGGGGCUGUGAGCGGGGUUCGCGGUCGCCUCGGCGCUGCAGGCGGGG